CGUCGCGAUACAACCAAUUCAGUCAAUCAACUCAUCCAACUCUUUUAGCAUUUUCCGUCGCUAGACGCAGUGCAUUGCAGUGCAACUUGUGUCAGGAUGGCAGAACAGGCUGAUCAGAAGCAGACCCCCUCGGGGUCUUCCGAAACAACCAAACCCGUCCACACCAUCAUCCUCGAUUCUUCGCCCCUCCUCCUCAACACACCCAGCAUCUCGACGCUCCUGGCCAACGGCCACGUCCUGGUCACGACGCCAUCCGUGCUCGCGGAAAUUCGUGCCCCCGAAGCCCGCCAACGGAUCGAUACCCUGUAUAAACCGUUUUUGACCGUUCGGACACCCCGGCCAGAGAGUGUGAAGAGAAUUAAAGAGUUUGCGCGCAAGACUGGUGAUGGGGCUGUAUUGAGUCAGACGGAUUUUGAAGUGCUCGCGCUUGCGUAUGAUAUUGAGUGUGAAAGGAAUGGUGGGGAUUGGAGAUUAAGGAGUAUUCCGGGCCAGAAGAGGGUUAAUGGGCGGCCGCCUGUUCAGGAGGAGGUCGGAGGAGAGGGUGAAGGUGAAGAAGAGGGGCAAGAGUUGGAACAGGGAGGGAAUACGGAGGAUGCUCUCGAGCGCAGCGUUGAAGCGCUGGAGAUUGCGGAUGGAGAUACUACCGGCCAAGAGGAUACAGAGGUGACACAGGCCGUGGAUGCCCAGGAAGGACAACCAGAGGCCGACACUACGAGUGCUCUCGAAGUGUCAGAGGGACAAAAUGAUACCAAGGCCGAUCAACCUGCCGAUACCGAUGCACCAACACAGCAGUCACUUUCCUCGGAACAGCCGAGCGAACAGACUGCUGAAGUGGCAGAAGAAGCAUCAGAUGAGGAGGGCUGGAUAACCCCGUCCAACAUCAAGAAGCGGCAAGCCAAAGACGAGGCGGCCGACAGCAAAGCCCGCCCAGAAACAAAGCAUCUACAAGUGGCCACGAUGACGGGCGAUUUCGCCAUGCAGAAUGUGCUCCUGCAGAUGAACCUGAACUUGUUGUCCACCAAAACGUGUCAGAGAAUUUCUCAAAUCAAACAGUUCAUUUUGCGAUGCCACGGCUGUUUUGCUACGACCAAGGACAUGACCAAGCAAUUCUGCCCGCGUUGUGGGAAACCAACUUUGACCCGAGUGAGUUGCACCACCAACGAUAAAGGAGAGACCAAACUGCACCUCAAGGCAAACAUGCAAUGGAACAACAGGGGUAACGUGUUCCCCAUACCAAAACCCACGAGUGGAAGUUCAAACCAGAAAUGGAAAGGACCAAGACAAGGCGGCGGUCAAGGGGGUUGGGGCAAUGAUCUUAUUCUGGCAGAAGACCAGAAAGAGUAUAUUCGAGCCAUGUCUACGAUGAAACGGACCAAAGAGAAGGAUCUCAUGGAUGAGGACACUCUUCCCAACAUCCUGAGCGGGCGCAGGUCUCAAACAUCAGGUGGGAGACCAAAGGUUGGGGCUGGCCGCAACAUCAAUUCCCGGAAACGAUAGUUUCAGACGAUGAUUUUAAAAAAUUUUAUGAGGAUGAAGCAGACCACUGCAUGUCGGUUGGACCACGACUCUUUCCUGAUAUAGAUUUUCCCUGCCUGUGCUUAAUGACCACAUUUCUCUCGCUCUAACCAAACGCCAAUGCGCC